AUGUCUAAAACUGACACAAUAGAUGGCAAUGUAACUUACAAGUCUAACCAUGAAUUUGAUUUAAUAAGAGAAUUUGAUAUUGAUUCACUAGAAUCAAUUAAUGAAGCAGAGUUGCAACAAGUAAUGGAAACAUUCGAUACUGAAAAAAAUCUGAAUCCAGAGUAUAAUUUAAUUGAAGAAACGCCACUUUAUAUAAGGCAUCAGUUUCUAAGAAAAGUGUUUUUCAUCUUAGUAUUACAGAUCCUUACCACAUUUGGCUUCACAGCACUGGCAUACUUUAUACCACAGAUCAAUGAUUUGUUUUCACAGUGUCCAUACAUAUCAAUAGGAUGUGGAGCCGUAUAUUGUAUCAUGAUCAUAGUCUGCAUAAUCUUCCCAAAAACAUUGGAAAACACAAUAUGCUGUAUCAUAUUCCUGGCGACAACCACUGGGUUAUUAUCGUUACUAGUAGCCUCUACAUGUUGUUUCUUUGAUAUCAAGGAAAUAGCAAUUGCCCUAGCCAUCACAGUACUAGUAUUCAUAUCCUUAAUGAUCUUAUCAUAUCAAACUAAAUAUGAUCUUACAAGAUGGUUGGGAUUUACAAUAGUAUUAUCAUUAGUAAUGGUAUAUUUCGCAAUAGUGUUAAUUUUUGUACCAAUUAAGCCAUUAUGUCUUGUAUUUACAAUUGCAUCAACGAUUGCAACUUGUAUAUAUGUUCUGGUAGAUAUGCAAUUGAUCAUGGGAGGAAAGAGAAAAUACCAGUUCACAGUAGACCAGUACAUGUUAGCAACCACGACAAUAUACUGUGAUUUCAUAUCACUGUUCUUGAACAUUUUACGGUUCUUUAGGUUUUAA